CGUCGCGACGUUCAUGUUUUCUCAUAUUUUGCCUUAUAUUUUUACGCAAUUUUAUUUGUUGCUUUCCCAUUUGUUUGUUGGAUUCGACGUUAAUUUGCAACUGUAGUCAUCUCACAUUUAUUUAUGUUGAUAGCACGCUUGCGCUAAAUCGCCGCAUUUCGUCGCUGAACAUCAACGUCAUUGGCUAGCAUUACUGAAAUCGCAUAUCGUUUAUUAAAAAAAAAUGUAAAUAAAUAAAUGGCAUAACGUACGAGUAUGUAAGCUGAAGUCCUCUUUGCAUGCCGAUUUUAUGAAAACCACUACUGCAGAGUAUAAGUCUACAUUGAUGCGUAUAAAGUGCAAAUUGAAUGCCAAAAAUAAUAUUUUCAGUAUUUCCAAACGAAUAUAUUCAAUAUAGAAAAUUCAAGUUGUGUGAUAUAACGCCAAUAAUGUUAACUGAAAGUGAGAAUUUUUAUAAAUUUUGGCGGUUAUGCUGUUUGUUAGUCGCCUACAGUGUCAUGUGUCAAGGCUUAAGUGCACAAAUCAAGUCCAGAUACAAGCCUAUGGGAGUGGAUUUGUUCAACCAUGAAUUCAUGAGUGCUCCAGAAACAUUGAGCUCGAAUAUAGAGGACUGGGACGAUAGUGAAACUGAGAUUGAUGAUCCUGAAACAGUGCCACGCCUCUAUCAAGGCGACAUUGCGAUUGAUCCUUAUACUUACAUAUCACUUAGGCUUGGCGUUAAUCCCAUGAAACAUCCGAAACGUGUGUGGCCUAACGCCACUAUUCCCUUCGAAAUCAGCCACUUAUACACAAACAAUGAACGUAUGGCCAUACAACGCGCCCUAAACACAUUCAAUUCAUUAACUUGUAUUAAUUUUAUACCCUUCGACGGCGAGGAGGAAGAUUACGUAUUAAUUACACCGCCAGUAGAUGAUGCACCGCCCGGUUGCUGGUCGUUUGUAGGAAAGCGCGGUGGAGAACAAGUAGUAUCAUUGCAGCAACCUGAUGAGAAUAGCGCACACUGUUUCAGCAGCGAGGGACGCAUUAUGCAUGAACUUAUGCAUGCGAUUGGCAUCUAUCACGAACAGUCACGAGCGGAUAGAGAUAAUUUUGUUAAAAUUCAUUGGGAAAAUAUUGUUCCAAAAUAUCGGAAAAAUUUUAAACUGAUUUCUAAAAAGAAAGGCAAACAAACGUUCGAUUACGAUUACAAUUCUGUAAUGCAUUACGGCGAAUUCUAUUUUAGCAAAAAGAAAGGGGAGAAACCGACUAUGACACCAUUGCAACCGGGUGUACGUAUAGGACAACGGAAAACCAUCAGCAAAACGGACUGUCUAAAAAUUAACGAUUUAUAUGGUUGUUUAAAUGGUAGACAUGCCCGAAUGUACAAAAGUUUCUGCAAUCUAUUGGGACUUUAAAUAUACGCGUAUGGUUAUUUAAUUACUUUUUAAUAUUUAUGUACACAGUAAAAAUAAAAUAUUGUUAUUCACUAAUUUUAAGAAUUUAAA